GAACAUAAAUGGGAAAAGAAUGGCUGCUAAUUGGAUGGGUCCUUAAUAUAUUAGUGCUACUAAUUACUUUUUAUCUUUUUAUUUUUGCCUGACAAAGUGACUAACUUUAUCUAAAAAUAAUAAAGGAAUAAAGCAUAACUAUUAUUGGUGUUUGGUGUUCCCUUUUAAGGCUUUCGGAUUCGCUUGCGUAAGGCCCAGAGGCGGAGUCAGGAUUUUCAAUAAGGGGAUUCUUAAUAUGUAGAGAUAGACACCUGAAAUAGCCGAAGGAGAUUCAAUAUCUGCUAUAUAUACAUAUAAUAAUAUUUUAACCAUGUAUAAAUAAUAUAUUUUUUUCCGAAUGGGGUUCGAAUGAACCCUUUCGUACAAAGUGGCUUCGCCUUUGAUAAGACCAUUAAAAGAGGAAGCGCUCCCUAUCAUUUUUCUGUUCUCGAAGUUUAAAUUCGAGAUAUUUGAUUAAAGGCGAAAGAAUAAAAACUAUCCAUCCCACCACAAUUCAUGGUGUCUAGAGAAUUUCAACAUCCAAUACCUAAAAGAAGGAAUCAAAGAAAAUAUAAAAUACUCAUCAAGAGUCAUAGUGGUCUACUUAAAUAAUAUGAUAUUGACCCUGCCAAGAUUAUUGAAAGAUGUAAUUUAUCAUUAAAUGUAAAUUUAACAUGUUAUACAAUUAAAUAUUAUAAGGAUAUGAGUAUUUUAAGUUGGAAAUAGGAUAAAUAAAAAAAAGCCAGAUACUAAAUCCAACACCAAACAAGAAAUAAAGCAACAUCCACAUGGUACAUGUGGGGAAAAAAAGUAGUUAAAGUUCCCAUCAUUAGGUGGUGUAAUAAUAUAAACGCAGAAUCAAGAUUUAAAGUUUAUGAAUUCAGAACUCAUCACUAAAUUUUUUGCUCAUUUUAGUUAGUGAAUUCGCGAGUAAAUAUUUAUACGUAUCUGAUGAAUUUCCUAAUAUAACUACGGUAUCUAAGCAAAAGAUAGUGAGUUCGAUCAAAAACUUACCUAAUACAGUAGCUCUGCCCCUAAUAUAAUAUGCACUAAACAAAGAAAAAGGAAAAAGCAUGGCUUGCAAGUAGCCUAGCAUUCAAGUUUUUUUUUUUCUCAGCAAAAAGCUACAUUUUUUUUUGUAUGAAAUUAGAAUUCUUACAGCCAAUUGGGAAAUUUAAGUUUUAUUUUAUGUCUGAUAGAAUGUGGAAUAAGAAUACACAUAUAAUAAAAAGAGCUCGUAAAGAGUAAUACUCGUAUAACGAUUCUUAUAUUACCAACAAAGAAGGGUGAUCAUUGUGUUUUUAAUCAGAAGUCUUUGAUUCGAGUUGAGAAAAUAGAGGUAGCUUUUCUUAGGAAGGAGUUUCAACUAAAACUAUUUUAUGUUUUAUGUUCUUAUUUAAUUGUUCCUUUCAACUUUAGUCUUUUAAUUUCUAUCACAUGAUACUUCACUUUCUCCCACACAUAAUAUAAUACAUUAAGUAACAUGAGGGUAUCUAUUGUUUAAACAAUUCUAAAUCUUGAUCUAGAUGACCAAUCAAAACUAUAGGACUAGAGCACUAUACAUGUUAGUACUUCAAAGAAGGAAAAAUCAUCAAAUUUUCUUCCAUGGAUAUAUAAUUAGUUCAUGUAUUUAGAGUUCUUUUAGCUAAUUUGUAGCCAUGAAGUUGUUGAAUAUCCUUCUUGUUUUGUUCAUUGUUAGUUGUUUGUCAUGGCCUAGUAUGCAAAGCGAUUUAGAGACUUAUAUAGUUCAAGUUGAAUCUCCAGAAAGCCAAGUUUCAACUCAAUCAAUGUCAAUGGAUUUAGAAAGUUGGUACAAUUCUUUUUUGCCAAAGAGUAUAGAAAGCACGAGCUCGAGUGAAGAGGUGCCGCGUUUGAUAUACUCAUAUCACAAUGUGAUGAAAGGCUUUGCUGCAAGAUUAUCAGCAGAGCAAGUGAAAGAAAUGGAGAAGAAAUCAGGCUUUGUGAAUGCGUGGCCGGAGAAGAUAUUGUCUUUGCACACUACACGUACUCCGAGUUUUCUUGGAUUGAAGCAGAACAUUGGCUUGUGGAGGGAUUCCAACUAUGGGAAAGGCGUGAUCAUCGGAGUGUUGGACUCUGGGAUUUUUCCAGACCAUCCUUCAUUUAGCGACAAAGGAAUGCCUCCUCCGCCUGCUAAAUGGAAGGGAAAAUGUGAAUCGAACUUCACUACUAAGUGUAACAACAAGCUCAUUGGAGCACGGACAUUCCCAAAGGAAAAUGGUUCGCCAAUAGAUGAUGAUGGACAUGGUACACACACCGCCAGCAUUGCUGCUGGCGGUUUUGUGAAAGGUGCAAAUGUGUAUGGAAAUGCUAAUGGCACUGCUGUUGGUGUUGCCCCUCUUGCUCACCUAGCCAUUUAUAAGGUUUGUGAUUCGUUUGGUUGCUCUGACAGUGGGAUUCUAGCUGCUAUGGAUGUAGCUAUUGAUGACGGAGUUGAUAUCCUAUCGCUGUCUCUUGGUUCGAGUACUAGUCCCUUCCAUAGUGAUUCUAUUGCACUCGGUGCGUAUAGUGCAACACAAAGAGGUAUUUUUGUAAGUUGCUCUGCUGGUAAUAGUGGUCCAUCCGAACAUACUGUUGCAAAUGAAGCCCCGUGGAUUCUCACAGUAGGCGCGAGCAGUCUUGACAGGAAAUUUAAGGCAACAGUUGAGCUAGGAAACAAAAAAGUGUUUGAAGGCGAAUCGGCUUUUCACUCAAAGUUUUUCAGUACAAAAUUCUUCCCUUUGUUUGAUCCAUCACUAACUGCUAUUGACUCUGACAGCUCUUAUUGCGGACCAGGUAUGUUGACUGACCUUGCUGUUAAAGGCAAAAUAGUCUUGUGUUUGAUAGGUGGCGGUUAUACGAGGAUUUCAAAAGGACAAUCUGUUAAGGAUGCUGGAGGUGUUGGCAUGAUUCUGAUAAAUAACUUUGAAGACGGUUUCACUACAUCAGCUGACGCUCAUGUCCUUCCAGCAAUGGAUGUAACUUAUGAAGAUGGAAUGAAAAUCAUCGACUAUGUGAAUUCAACGAAGAAACAUGUUGCUCGGAUUGCAUUCCAUGGAACUAUACUCGGAGAUAAAAAUGCUCCGGUUGUUGCUGGAUUUUCUUCUAGAGGGCCAAGCAUAGCUACUCGCGGAAUCUUAAAACCUGACAUUAUUGGUCCUGGUGUUAAUAUUCUUGCUGCUUGGCCUACCUCCAUGGAGAACAACACAAACACGAAAUCUACCUUCAAUAUUAUUUCGGGUACCUCCAUGUCUUGUCCUCACCUCAGUGGAGUAGCAGCAUUGCUAAAAAGCGCUCACCCCACUUGGUCUCCUGCAGCUAUUAAAUCCGCAAUCAUGACAACUGCUUAUACAGUAAACCUCGCCAACAAUCCCAUCAUAGAUGAAACGCUCCUUCCUGCUAACAUUUAUGCCAUCGGUGCAGGACAUGUCAAUCCAUCCAGAGCAAAUGAUCCGGGACUAAUUUAUGAUACCCCUUUCAAGGACUACUUACGCUAUUUGUGUGGUUUGAAUUACACAAACCGACAGGUUGGAAACCUUCUACAACAUAAGGUGGAUUGCUCGGAAGUGAAAAGUAUUCCUGAAGCACAACUAAAUUAUCCUUCAUUUUCCAUCAUGCUCAGAGAAAAUCCUCAAACAUAUACAAGAACAGUGACUAAAGUCGGGGAGGCUAAAUCAUCUUACAUUGUGGAAAUAGUUUCACCACAAGGAGUUUCUGUGACUGUUACGCCCUCUACUCUAAAGUUCUCGAAGAUGAACCAGAAAAAAACAUAUCAAGUAACUUUUUUAAAAACAGCCAAUAGUUCAACCAAUGGUAUAGUUCAUGGAUUCUUGAAAUGGACUAGUAAUAGGCACUCUGUAAGAAGUCCAAUUGCAGUUGUGCUACUAGAAAUUGCAAUGGAUAUCUAGACUCGUUUCGUUUUUAAAAAUGAUUUGAUCCAUGUAAUAAGCCUGCAUUCAUUGUUUGAAUCCAAAAUGUAGAAUGAAUGCAGAAAGUACUCAUUAUAUUCUA